AGUGCGCCCCUGCAUGCCCGUGGCAGGAGGACUGACGGUCGCCAUCUCUGGGUAAACACUGUAACCGUUUCACGUAGUUGAUAUUGUAGUGUGUGGAUUGAAGCUGGAGCGUACAGUGGUAGCAGCAGCAGAAGGCGGGGGCUCUGCUGCCUGCAGUGGACACACACGUCUUCAGCGCAGGACUGACGCUUUUGUUUGCCUCUUGCUCAUCGGACUGUCACUUGUUUGCCGCUUCUCCACACUGACAUUUCCCUCAUAUAUCUGAGCUCCACUGGAUGGGACUGCCUGCUCUGAAUAAAAUGGGAUUUUAAUGGUGCACGCAGCGGACGCUGUAGCAGCCUGUGCACAGCCAGAGGACUGUAGCGCGCUUGGUAAUGCUCGGCAAGGAAUAAAACGUUGUUGCCGAAGGUGCGUAACAUCUCGUUUCCAUGGACAACACGUCCAUAAUAACACAGGUUGCAAAUCCGAAAGAGGAGGAGAGCAUUUCUUCAGGUCAAGAUAAAGUCUCCCAGUCAAACUGCAGCUUAAAGAAGCACAGGAGUCGGAGCAUUUUCAGCCCCUUCUUUUGCUGCUUCCGCAACUACAAUGACUACCAUGUGGAGCCACCACCCGCCAAUAACAAGACACUUUCUUUACCCCCUCCGCCAGAAGAAAAUGGCAGUUCUCCCAAGUGUGACCAGGUCCAGGUUAUCCCUAUACCCAGUCCUCCAGCUAAGUUCCUUCUGCCAGAGGUCAGUAUAGCAGACUACAACAAGAACUGUGUGGUGAUCGACCUGGAUGAAACCCUUGUACAUAGCUCCUUUAAGCCCAUCAGCAAUGCAGACUUUAUCGUUCCAGUGGAGAUUGAUGGCACUGUUCAUCAGGUGUAUGUGUUGAAGAGGCCCCACGUAGAUGAAUUCUUACAGAAGAUGGGGGAGUUGUUUGAGUGUGUCCUCUUCACAGCCAGCUUAGCCAAGUAUGCUGACCCUGUGGCAGACCUGCUGGACCAGUGGGGGGUGUUUCGUGCCCGGCUCUUCAGGGAAUCCUGUGUUUUCCACAGAGGAAACUAUGUCAAAGACCUCAGCCGACUGGGCCGAAAGCUCAGUAAAGUCAUCAUUAUAGACAACUCACCUGCCUCCUACAUCUUCCACCCUGAGAAUGCAGUCCCAGUGCAGUCCUGGUUUGAUGACAUGACAGACACAGAGCUGCUGGAUUUGAUCCCAAUGUUUGAGGGUCUCAGUAAAGAGGAGGACGUUUAUAGUCCUUUGCAAAGUCUGAGGAACAGGUAGCAGACGACAGCUCCAGCUGAUCUUACCUCCCUCAGCCCUGCUGAACAGAAGCCUCACCUCUCUGCCACAGCCCUGCAGCCCAGCACUCAUCCACUAACCGGCUCGGCUACCAGUCUGGUUAACGAUCUGGUUAUAAUCUAGUAUGUUAGUACUGUAUGGAUUCUUACUAUCUGUGGAUUUGUGGACUCUUUGUACAGGACUGCUACUUGCAAAAGAUUACAUUACUAUAUGUAUAUACGUUAUGUUUCUAAGACAUACAUAAAGUAAUUUUUCUAUCAAAGAGAGGUGGUUUUAUUAUUCUAUCAAGAUUCUAUCAAGUAAUAUUUUAGUUACCGAAAACAAUCAAAUACACAUAACUUUUUAUUUGUUUAGUUAUGUGUUUUUUUUAUUUGUUUGUUUCUUUUCCAGGGAUGGCUGACCUUUAAUUUAAUGGUGUUAAGCAGUGCUAUGCAGGCUGUUGUUUCUCUUCUGACUUUUUUUUUUUUUUUUUCAAACAACUGUGAUUUACCUUCUCUUACAGAAUGAAGUGCCUUCAUUACUGUGCUGUUUUUGUUGUGUCGGAUUAUGAGGUGCACAUUUGUAUGCUGCCUAUUUACUCAGAUCUCCAAUAGCGUUAUAUGUAAAUCUGUUGGAAAUGAGUCUCUGGUAAACGGACAUUUAAUUUGAGAAGACUGACAGUAGUAAGUCCUUGAAAUUUAUUUUUAAAAUAACCUAUUAGGACCUGGAUAAUUUUAUAACUUUGAGUUAAGUAGCAUUGAAUUGUUAAAUUUACCAAAGACUUUUACAAUUCAAUGUGUUUUGUGGCUGAGUUGCAUCAUUUGAUCCUCGACAGUGACUGUAAAUUGAUUACCCAUGAAGACACUAAAUCCCUUUGUGAUGACAUCACUGUCCAUCAAUAAAUGUUAAACUUUUUGAGGAAAGUAGGAAAAUUUAAAAAAGACUAGCUUAGAUAAGAUGAGAUUCUAUUUAUUGGGGAAAAGGGUGUUGGGAGUAUUGUAAAGAAUGCUGUUGAAAUCGUACUGUACAAGAUGAUUAAAGUUGCAAGUUUGCACACUGUCA